AUGCAUCACGCUCCUCCUCCUCCCUCUUCAUCGGGGGACCUCCCUCUCGUUCCAGCUUCAGAAAAGAAUCUGUCCAUCAACUGGCACCCGUCAUCACUUGCCAAUCCGCCUGUAUCCCGAAUAGAAGAUAAUUCAAAAGAAACAGGGGGCACUUGGGGUGAUGGAUGCAGCGCGGCGACAUCCCUCGAAGAUAAUCAAGACGAGACAACGCUGUACUCAUCACUGGCGCGGCACUUCCGCACCAACAUAGACACUACACACACCGACAUCGUCCUGAUCAUCUGUGGCUUCGUUAGUGGUCUUGUAGAUGGCCUAUCGUUCAACGCCUGGGGAAGUUUCGCUAGUAUGCAAACAGGAAACAGCGUCUUCAUAGCUCUUGGAGUCUCAGGCCAACCAGCUUACCCAGCUUAUCUCUGGGCCAAAUCCUUAAUUGCCCUAAUGGUCUUCAUAACCAGCAACAUUCUCUUCAUCCAUGUCUCACGGGUCCUCGGGCCCCGCCGCCGCUCAACCCUAAUUCUAUCUUUCGCCGUCCAAACCGCCGCCCUCCUUGCGGCAGCCAUACUCGUCCAGCUAGGGGUCAUCAACCCCAAACCCGAAGAUCCCCGAGCCCCCAUCGAGUGGAUGCAAAUCCUCCCCAUCUCACUGCUGUCCUUCCAAGCGGGCGGGCAAAUCGUAGCGUCCCGGGUGCUGGGGAUCGAUGAAAUCCCGACUGUCGUGUUGACUACGCUGCUCUGCGAUCUGCUAGUAGAUCCGAAAUUGACCGAGAAGGUUAACCCAAAACGCAAUAGAAGGGCAGGGGCGUUUCUAGCGUUAUUCUUGGGCGCCAUGACUGCUGGGGGGUUGUCGAAGGUCACCGAGAUGGCGGCUAGUUUGUGGUUUGCUUUUGGAUUGAAGUUUCUGAUUACGGCUGGGUGGUUUGUGUGGAAAAGGGAGGGGAGGAGAGAGGGAAAGAGGGAUGUCGAGGGUUGA